UUCCUUCGCAACACUCAAUCAACAUAUCCUUUUAGGUUAUAUUAUUAUUGCUUCUUGAUCGUCAGUUUCGUCAAAUAUAGAGUCUGUAGAUAGUUAGAUUAUAUAGACUACCUUUCAAAUUCAAAACAUUAACUUGGUUGAAUUAAAUCACUUCACAAAAUAUUUCUUGGCAAAUUGAAUUUAAAUUUAUUAUUCAUGUCAGGUUAUACGAAUUCACGAUAGCAGUAUUAAAAUUUCAAAUGUUAAUUUAUCAUGAGUACUCUGUUCAGUUUAUCAUCUGUCUUCAUUUCUAGUUUCUUCUUCUUUUUCUUCAAUUCUUCUUCAUCGUUCAUCGUUCUUCCUUUGAAUGGAAAAUGUCUGCAUUGUAAUUUGUGAAUUGAAAUCUUGAAUUAAUUUCUUAAAUACUUUUUAAAAUGUUGUCUAAAGCUGCAAUUGGUAUUGCAGCUGGAAUAUGUGGAACCAUCUUUCUUGGCUAUUGUGUAUAUUUUGAUCAGAAAAGAAGAGGAGACCCUAACUUCAAGAGAAAAUUGAAAGAGAGGAGAAAAGCUAAGGAAAUGGCGAAUUCUAGGACUGGACCACGUACAAAAUUACCUGACAUGAAGGAUCCAGAAGCAGUUCAAUGCUUUUUCUUGAAACAAAUUCAAAUGGGAGAGGAAUUGCUAGGCCAAGGUGACAUCGACACAGCGGUGGAUUACCUGUGCAAUGCGGUCAUCGUGUGUGGCCAGCCCAAUCAGCUGUUGCAAGUGCUGCAGCAGACUCUGCCCCACCAAGCGUUCACUCUACUUGCUCAGCGACUACCAUCAGCCUACCGGAGGGUAGGCAUGGCUGAAGCAUCAGCGGCGGCUCCUCAAAUGGCUGAAGAAGACGUUGAAUAAGAUUUUUCUAUUAAUUUAGUAGAAUGUUUGUAGAUAUAUCAAAGAAAAUGAUAGAACUCUGAGUUUGUCGUUGAGCAUAGUCAAAAAGAAAAGUUCAAAAUAAUUACUAUUGUAUUAGGGCGUAAGAUCGUAAACAUUGUUAAAUCACCAAUCAUAAAAUUGUCUCUCAUAAAAUGUCCUGAAACAUCAACAAUUUUUAUUUAAAUCACAUUCCGCUCUCUCAAAUCAAUUUUUCGUUUUUGUUUUGCGAUUAACUCACAUGUCUGUAAUGUGAAUCUCAUAAAUAAAAACCUCUAUUGUUUUGCCUGGAAGAGUAAUGUAACUCAUUGAAUGCUGUGAAAAUGAGAAUGUUAGUAGGAAUUGAACUUCAGUUUGCAAAUACAGCCUUAUAAUAAACAUUAAGUGAUUCGCGUUACAUAGAAAAUUUACACUAGAGUGUAAAGAAUCUGUUCAACGUGUAAUUCAGCAUGGAACCAGAUUAAAUCGUAUGGUCUUCAUUUUCUAUGGACUUUAAUAGAUUUCUCAUAAGACCAAACGAUUAUUUUACUAAGGUUCUGGUUCAGCAAAUAUAAGUUUGUAUGUACUGUGAGCAAUAUUUUGUACUUCUCAUUAAAACAUAGAAUGUAUGAUUUUUCUGAUCGUACUGUAUUAGCUACCUUAUGGUCACUGCCCAAAAAUUCAAUCAUGAUCAGUGUAAUCAUACUGUAAUUGCUGCUUUAUUAAGCAUUAGGCUGAUGUCUAAUAUUUGAUUCAUGGUUGUAGAAUUAAUUUAUCCUAAUUGUUGUAAUAUUUAUCUACCGUUGCUUUUGAAUCUAACUUGUAUGGUUGAUAGAAGUGUGAUUGAAUGUGAAAAUAUUUUCAAUAAAUUGAGAUUUAUUAGUAAA